AUGUCCCAUGUCUACUACAAGUUCUUCUCCAAGCUGAAUUAUGCUGCAGUCACCUUCAGUGGCCUCCACAUCUCCCUGCAUGACCUCAAGAGCCGAAUCAUGGGCCAAGAGAAGCUGAAGGUGACCAGCUGUGCCCUGCAGGUCACCAACGCCCAGAGCAGAGAAGAAUACACAGAUGAUAAUGCCCUAAUCCCAAAGAACUCAUCAGUAAUUGUUAGAAGAAUCCCUCCUAGAGGAGUUCUGUCUGCCAACAAACCAUAUGCCAUAAGCCAAACAGUGCCAGUGAGUGGAACAUCUUCUGGAAGCCAAACGAAACCUACUGCAGACCUGGCUGGAGCCAAUGCUCCUGAAGAAGAUAAAAUCAAAGCGAUGAUGAUACAGUCCUGCCGCUACUAUGAUCCAGCCAAGUGA